AGCAGUUCCUGCUACUUUGGAUGAAAUUUUGAAAGGAAGGUUUUCAAAUGGUACUGUUUUGCCGGAAAAAGUGCGUUUGUUGUAUAUGUCUUCGGCUGAUUUUAAGGCAUUUGCUAGAAAAUUUGGUGUAAUGGAUGAUUUCAGGUCAGGUAUAUGUCGUACUUGCUACCAUGAAGUGGUAUCAUUUCGAUAUGGCAGACAUCACGUUUUUCUGACUCCGAAGGAAAUUCAAAGCAUAUGA